UUUAUUUAAUAUAUGAUAUUGUUAUUAUUUGCUACAAUAACUUCAAUAUUAUCUUUACAAUUUGGAUAUGAGGUAGAUAAAGACUAAUAGAUAUGCUUUACUGAUAACUUUUCCAAAGAUGAUGUAUUUGACAUAAAAAUUAGUGCAAAUUCAUCAAAUUAUAGUUUGAAGAUAGCUGAAGCUAAUACAUAAUCAAUUGAUAGUUUAUAUGAUAAAAAAGGAUCUUGGGAACAUAAUUACUAAUAUUAAUCAACAUCAUCUAAUGCUCAUGUUAGAUAUUGUUUAACAAAUCUUGAGAAAGACAUAAUCAUUUUUAAUAUUACAUAUAAAACUGGAUCAGAAUUAGCAAAUAUGGGUAAAGUAGCCAAAAUUUCAGAUUUAAAUUAAAUGGGAGGAAUCAUUUAAAAAUUAAAUUCUUAACUUGAUGAUAUUAAAAGAGAAAGAUCUUUUUUAAUUGAAAAAUAUGAUCACAUGUCUAAAGUUUAAGGUUCCAUAUCUAAAAAACAAAUUGCUUUUGGUUUUUUAUGUUUAGGCACAUCUAUGAUCAUUACUGCAAUCACUGUCAGUAUGAUUAAAAGAAUUUUAAGAUAGAAAAAAGAAUCAUGA